UUCGGCUUUCUUUCGUGUGAACGCGCUCGCGUGAACGCGCUCGGCAGGAAGCAUCACCGACGCCGUUCCGUCAUCCCCGUUACUCUCACAAGCCAUUUCUACUUGUGCGUUUCCUCAGAAAGUCUUCCAGCGUUCACUUCUGAUUAUUUAUUUAUGUAUUAAUUUUAUAUAAUUUUUUUUUGUUGUUUGUUUGUUUGGUUAUUUUCCUUCCCCGCCUGUUGAUGUGUCUCUCGGGUCUGGGAUGGACUUCGGAGUGUGUUCGGACCGGCACUUCUCAUUAACAAGGAGAUAACUUCUUAUUCACACGAAACUUAAUUUAACUCAAUAAUGAGGGACCGUCUGGCUGAGCUGAAAUCUGGGCAGCACAGCGAAGAGGAGGAUGGCAGCGUCACAGUUCCUGUGGAUCGAGGAGGCUUUAUGGAGGGCUUUUUCAGAAAGGUGGAGGAGGUCAGGAGCAUCAUCGAAAAGAUUUCCUCACAGGUGAACGAGGUGAAGAAGAAGCACAGCAUGAUCCUCUCCGCUCCCAACCCCGAUGAACGGACCAAAGAGGAGCUUGAGCAGCUGAUGGUGGAAAUCAAGAAAAAUGCCAAUGUGGUACGGACCAAACUUAAAUCUAUGCAGCAGAGCUUGCCUCCUGAAGACCAAGCCAGCCGCCCCUCGGUGGACGAGCGCAUCCAGAGAACACAGUACACCGUCUUGUCUCGGAAGUUUGUGGAAGUCAUGACUGAGUACAAUGACACGCAGGUCUCCUUCAGAGAGCGCAGCAAGUGCAGGAUUCAGAGACAACUGGAGAUUACUGGAAAGAAGACCACCAGUGAGGAACUGGAGGAUAUGCUGGAGACUGGGAACCCCGCUAUUUUUACCUCGGAUAUCAUCAUGGACUCGCAGAUCACCAGACAGGCGCUGAACGAGAUCGAGUCGCGGCAUAGAGACAUCAUACGGCUCGAGUCCAGCAUCAAAGAGCUCCACGAGAUGUUCGUGGACAUGGCUAUGCUCGUAGAGACGCAGGGUGAGAUGAUCGACAACAUAGAGAAAAACGUAAGGAACGCAGUGGACUAUGUAGGCAAAGCUAAUGAGGAGGUGAAGAAAGCUGUGAGGUACCAGAACAGCGCCCGCCGGAAAUAUAUCAUCCUGGCCCUGAUAGUGCUGGUGGUAGCCGGUGUUCUCGUGCUAAUCAUCGGUCUUUCCGUGGGCCUGUCAACUAAACCUGCUUAAGCCUCAUCUACUAACACCCUGACCGGUCAGAAAAAUUGUCUACGUUGCCAUUUGCGGAUCGGCGUGCCUUCUUCUUCUGCUCAUCGUUCUAGUCGGAGUGUAUGCUAGCUAGCCGCCGAGACCCCGACCAAAGCCGACCCAAAACGAAACUCAAAGCUUUGUAUUUAGUCGUUUUUUUUUUUUUCUCUCUCUCUUUAAUACCUCGAUAUUUUCGUUCUUACGGUUCACGUGUAUAAAGUCUCAAACGUUGAAGAUGAAUUUCUUCUACGUUCCUCCAAGGUAUAUUUAAUACUUUUCCAUGUGAUUUAUUAUUAUUAUUAUUUUUCCCCCCAUAGACAAUAAUGCCCCGUCUUUUUCCCUUCUCUCUCCUAUAAAAGCGAUGAUCUAUACGUUUUUCACGAACUCCGGAUUCACAACAGGGCUUUGAUUAUGUCAAAGUUAGUUGAUUAUCUGACACACGUAUGAUGGCUGAAGUUUGCUACGAGCUAUUAAAACGUAAAGCUACCAGUUC